UGCAGUCAGUAGUCAGUAGUCAGUAGUCUGCUGGUGCCAAUGUGUCGAUGGAGUGGGGGUGGUAAGGGGUUUACUACGUGUAUGUCGGGCUUUACUCACUCGUCGAUCUAUUGCCAGAGCCAGAGCCAGCGCCAGCUCUCUGGCCGUUCAUUUGGUUGCAAUACAGCUUGAAAAUAAAGAGUGGGGAGUUUACCUCGACCGAUAGCGGAGAGUAGUCUGGCAAACUGGAGGGAGAGAUGAGGUCUGAAUCGAAUCGAGGCAGGUUGAGAGAAAUGUCAGGAGAGUCACUUCUCGUCGGAGAGUUGUGUGAAAGACAUCUUGCGUCUUCUCAUCAUUAACUCUCGUAUAUACACAGACAUACAUAUAUAUAUGUAUGUUACUACUAUAUAUUUUGUGACUUGUGAACAAGAUAAAUUUUUUUUUCGUGCAACUGUGGAUUUUUUAGUGAUCAUUUAAAUUGUGAUUAUUUUUUUUUAGUGAUUGUGUAAUUAAAUAGUUUUUUUUUUUUUUUUAAUAGUAUUAUUAUUGAAACUGUGUAAAUUCACAAUGCAUUGUGUAUUUAUGACUUGUAUUGAGGAUUAAUUGUCCGAGUGUUUGCACCGGCAUGGAUUGCACGACUAAUGUGACCAUUGAAAGUGUAAUAGAUCAAGGACUUAAAAAAAACAAAACUGAUGCAGCAUCAUCGUCAUCGAUUGAGCAGUCAGACGGAUUCAAUUCAUCUCCAUCUCGUUCCCUAGUACUGCCACGAUCCCGUGAACUAACAAAUCACUUAAGGGAUCACAGCUCACCUCGUAGUACCACCGAUUACAGCGGCGAGGAAGAUUAUUCUUGUCGUGUUUGUCAUAAAGUACUGAGUUCAGCAAGUUCAUUAGACAGACACGUGCUCGUACAUUCAGGUGAACGUCCAUUCAAGUGCAAAUACUGUGAAAUGGCAUUUACCACCAGCGGUAAUAUGAAUCGUCAUUUAAGAAAUAUACACCGCGAUGUCGUAUCGUCACCGCCACUCAAUAGUUGUACUGAUUCUGAGGGUAGUAGUGACUCAGAGCAACCUUUGUCACGACGACGUCAUGUCGUUGACGAAUAUAAUAAUAAUGAUAUUGCCAAAAUAAAUAAUAUUGAUGCUGAUGCUGAUGAUGAUGAUGAUGACAUUCAAGAUAUUAAUAAUAAAUCACCAUCACAAUUUCGCGCCAAAAGAAAACGACCUGAUAUAACAAUUGAUGACAGUAUUGCUGAGAAUAAUAUUAAAAAACAAAAAUUAUUUAUAAAUAAUAAAACAGUAAUAAAUGAUUCAAUAAAUCAUGACAAUCAUGAUAAUGAUAAUGAUGAUAAUAAUGAUGAAGAUGAUGAUGCUGAUGAUGAAAUAAAUGCCGUUAAUAAAAAUUCACUAAAUUGUCCGAUAUGUGUAGCGGGUAAUUUUACAUCGAGUACAUCAAUGGAUUUACAUAUUGAAAAAUAUCAUCCGGAAUUAAAAAAUUCACGUCUGUUGAAUUUGCAUCGUCUUAUGACUCAGCAUUACAAAGAAAAUAAUUCAACAUCAACAAUUACAACACCAUCAAUUAUGUCUGUUAAUAAAAAUAUACGGGACUCAAUUGUUGGUUUCAAUGAUUUAACAUUCACUGAUUUUUCAUCGGGUAAAUUUCCAGCAAUAGCACGUGCUGUUUGUGAACAAUUAGUUCACCGUCCAGCUUCUGGUGAAAGUGCAACUUUUUUAUGCUCAAAAUGUCUACGCGCAUUUCCAUGUAAAUCAGCAUUAGAAUCACAUGAAAUUGACUGCGGAAAUUUAAACUAUUUAAAUCAUAAAUUGAGAGACGAUAAAAUUAAAGGUAAUGAUUUUUUUGCUGGCUUAGAUUUACAAACUAAAUCAGCAUCGACUAUUAAUAAUAACAAUAACAAUAACAAUAAUAAUAAUAAUAACAAUACAGAGUCCAAAGAAGGCGGCAAAGAUCUCGCUGAUAUCCAGAGUAUUAUUUCAGUAACAUCCGGACCAAUAUUGCCGCGUUCUGACACGAGUACCCCAGAUCAUCAGGUAAAAUUAAACUCAGCAAUUUGUUCAUCCGGGUCAUCAGGUACCGCGAACUCUGAAUAUCACGGGGAAGAAGAAGCCCAGGACGCAUUUGCCGCCGAAUUUCGUCGCAUGAAAUUGAAAGGUGAAUUCCCAUGCCGCCUUUGCAGCGCAAUAUUUCCAAACCUGCGGGCCUUGAAAGGACACAACCGCGCACACAUGGGAGUCGGUCCAGGUAUGCCCUAUCCCUGCAACAUGUGCCCUUAUACAUCAACAGACAAAGCGACACUAGUGCGUCACUUAAGAUCCCACAAUGGCGACCGUCCUUACGAAUGUUCACUUUGUAAUUACGCGUUUACAACAAAAGCCAACUGCGAAAGACAUGUUAGAAAUCGUCAUAACAAAUUAACACGUGAGGAAAUAAAAAGCGUGUUGAUAUAUCAUCCAAAUGAAGAUUCAACGAACGAUAAUAUUGACAGGACAUCGCCACGUGUUAUGAGAGACGACACACGUAAAUCAUUAAUGUAUCCAACCUCGUUGUCAAAUGACAGAGAUGAUUAUUAUAGUCAUCAUCAUCACCUUAAUACCAGUAGUAAUCAUCAUCAACAACGCGAACGUCAUCAGCAUCACCAACACCAAUUGCACUAUCCAAUGGAAAAUAAAACCCAAGAUUUGCUGUUAUCUGAAGAGACAUUGAGACUCCGACAAAUGGGAAUCCCUACAAUGAUUCCCAAUCCAAUAAGUCAUUAUGAUAAAUCUGAUUUAUUUUCACGUUCAUCAGUUACUGCGAUCCAUCAUCAUCAUCAUCCUUUGGAAUUGACCCACAGAUUGACAGACAAUACGUCAGUUAAUCCGCGUGAUUAUUUAAUAAAAUCAGAUUUUAUUAAAGCAAACGAUCAGGAUUCAAGAUCUUCCGAUGGUAGUGUGUCAUUACACACGAAUAAUAAUAAUGUUAAUAAUAAUAAUAGUAAUAGUAAUAAUAAUAAUAAUAAUAAUAAUAAUAAUAAUAGUAGUAAUAAUAACAAUAAUAAUCAGUCUCUAGUCAGUGAAACCAAAUCUACUGGUGGUGCUGCUGAUUUACACCAAAGAAUUAUACAGGCUAGUCCAAUUGACCUCAAACGUCAAGACCUAAACAAUCCAACAACAGACGAUGCACCUCUAGAUUUAUCAAUGGACGUAUUGGAUCUUAGUAAAAAAUCACGUGAAAUAAAUUCCUCAGAUUUAACAACGAGUAUUUCAUCCGAUGAUAACAAUAAAAGUAACAAAGAAUUAUUUGAUGCCAAUCAAUUUUUACUGGCCCAAGCAUUACUAAAAGCCGGACAAUCGGGCAAUCCAUCGAGUUCUAUCGAAGCUAUUUAUGCAAAUGCCCAGCAAUUGCUCUACAGAAAUUACGCUAAUUUCCCAACACCACCAGCAAGUAUGUUGUCACCAUUUAUAUUCAAUCCUCAUUUAUUUAAUCAGGAUCUUGCUAUGAGAGAAAACUUGCAGAAAGAAUUAGUCCGUGGACUGCAAACAAGCGGGGGUAAUUUAAUUGAGUCGCGUUUGAAUAAAUCAUCAUCUAAUUUCUCGCCAACUCCAGCGUAUCCACAAAAUCGCGAUAUCUUAACUGGGCAAUCGAUCAAUGAAUCAGCGAAUGAUUAUUCAAGAUUAGCAGCAACGCCAUCAACGAGCGGCGCCAGUGUAAUUAGUCCGCGUGACCGGUUGGUGGAUAAUAACAGCGGGUCUUCAAAUUCUGUAAAAAUGGUCAUCAAAAACGGCGUGCUCGUUAGAAAACAAAAACAGCGGAGAUAUCGUACCGAGAGACCGUUCAUUUGCGAUCACUGUACGGCUAGAUUUACACUCCGCAGCAACAUGGAGCGACAUGUCAAGCAGCAGCAUCCGCAAUUCUGGUGCCAGAAACCGCGCGGUGGUCAUUCGACACGCGGAAGACCUCCGAGUUAUCCCCCAACGAUGUUGCGGACUAAACGUUACUCUGUAAGACAGAAUCAGCAGCCGUAUCCAACAUCUAGGCUUCCUAAAGUGAGACAAUCAUCACCGAAUGCUGAUGACAAACGUCCGAUUUCUGACCGCGUUAAGUACGCGAUUCUUGCCCAGCAAUUGAAGGGCAAUCAGAAUGAUGACAAUGACACUGAUGAAGAAUUGAUAAUUGAUGAGAACGCAGCUGCGGCAGCGGGUGAUAAAGACAGUGAGCGUCGCAGUGACGAGCGGUCGACUAGUUUGUUGAGAGGUAAAUUGGAAGAAAGUAUUGGAAAAAAUAAUAAUAGUAACGGUAAUAAUAAUGAGGGUGAAGAAUCGGCUUUGGAGAAUGGAAAUAAAAGUGGGAUCGAGUCUCUAGUUGAAUGCAAAAUGGAGCCGGAUGAUGACGAUGACGAGGACGGGGAUGAGGAAGAUGAUGAAGACGACAAAGACGUCGAUGAUUGCAAGAUAAAAAACGAGGACGGCAACGCUGAUCUCGCAAGCGUAUCGGAAUUACUAGACAAUGCGUCGCAACAGUAUCAGCAGUUCAGGCCGCAGGAUAUGAGUGACGAAGAAGGAUUGAUUGCGUCGACAAGUGACUGCAAUAAUUCCGGCAGUGAUGAAAAAUCUGAUUCCGUAAAUUCAAAUAAUUCGUCGUCGUCAAAAUCGAUCAAGAAGAAGAAGAAAAAGAAGAAGAAGAAAUCGGCGUAUUCUAUGGCACCAAAUCGCGUACACUGUCCGUAUUGUGAACGUCCAUUCCCAUGGUCAUCGUCAUUAAGAAGACAUAUUUUAACUCACACUGGACAAAAACCCUACAGAUGUGAUUACUGUCCACUAUUAUUCACGACAAAAUCAAAUUGCGACCGUCAUCUGCUGAGAAAACAUAAAUCUAAUACUGGGAUAAAUAAUUUGCAGUACAGUAGCGGGGUCGUUGGUGGUACUGGUGCUGGUGGGGGUACUGGUAGUGUUAUUAGUAGAAAUUUAUCAUCACCAGAAGCUCAAGAAGUAACGACUAUUAAUAAUAAUAAUACUUUUGCGACGAGAAAUGUACCAGAGAGACCGUACAAAUGCAAUCUUUGUCCGAGUUCUACAUUCUCGACACUUGGAAACCUAAAGAAACACAAGGCCACUAAACAUUCGCAUGAUGAUAAUAAUAAAUCAUCAUCGAGACCUGAUUCGCCGAACAGUGAAGUAAAUUCGGAUCAACAAAAUAGUCCGGCGCCUUGUAAUGAACAAAAUGAACGGAGCGACUACGAAAGUCAUUCGUCUAGUGUAUCAGACACGAUGGAGACUAAUAGUGGAGCGACGACGAUGCCAACCUCGACAUCAACACCAAUAGCAGCAGCAGCGAUGAUUGAGGCCAAGCCUAAUUCCAAUAGUAUUAUUAAUUCACUUGUUAAUGACACAUCGAAAUCACGACGGCCGUCGCCUAGAUCCUCACCUGGACCAUCCGAUUCACCGUUCAAGUGCCAUCUCUGCGACAGCGGAUACGCUGACCGUCAAGAUUGUCUUGACCAUAUAAGAGAUCAUCAUCGCGAGUCCUGGGAUUUGCUUGUUGCCAAAGGCGCUCUGGAUAUGGACACGGAAAACAUUGAAGACAAUCACUUGCAUCAUCAACAUCUGAGCGAUGGCGAGGAGAAACGUGGAAGAUUUCCUGAUUACACCAACAGAAAGGUGAUGUGUGUAUUUUGUAUGCGUCGUUUCUGGUCAGCGGAAGAUCUUCGCCGUCAUAUGAGAACUCACACCGGAGAGCGACCAUACUCAUGUGACAUCUGCUGCCGCAGAUUUACCCUAAAGCACAGCAUGCUCCGUCACCGUAAAAAACACGAGUCUACCGACUCCAUAAUAUACGUGGGUACAAGUGGCGACGAAGAGACAAAUCCAAUCCAACCGCCAACAAUAACCCCCCGAAGUCAUCAACACCAUCAGCUAAUGAUGGCAUCACCAAUAAUCGGCGACACAUCGCGUCUACAAGACAGAAUGUCGCUGCCAAGUGUCGCGUCAGUGGCCACCGGUGAUGCUGCGCCAAGUAGACUCAUGAGUAGAUUUAAUCCUUAUGAAUCAUUGACAACAAUGACUGGUAAAAUAUUAAACAAUCAACAUAUAAAUAAUUGUGAGUCAACUCCAGACACUGAAAAUGAUUUGAUAUCAAAUUUACUUGGCAUUAGAGACAAAAGUAUAAUUGAUAAAGUUCUUCAAGCAUCUGCUGAUGAUGCUGCUAAAUUACUUGGCGUUAAUCGAAGCCAUGAUUAAGCUUAACAUUUACAAUAAUUAAUUAAUUAAUCAAUUGAUUAAUUAGUAGUUGAUAAAAAAUAUAAUUAAUGAAUUUUCAUUUUGUACAAAAUAUAAUAAUUAAUUAUAAUUUAAUUAUUUAUUAGAAUUUAUUGGGUCAAAUUCCGGUUUCCCAUUACGUUCACGAUCGUGCCUUACAAAUAAUAAUUUUAAAAAAUCUCAACGUGACGGUAAAAGGAAAAUAAAUUUUCUUUUAUCGAAUUGAGAAUUUUGGCAUUUAAAUUAAUUAGAUAAUAAUUAAUAUUACGUUAGAUUUCAUAAGAUUUAUAAGUAGGGAAAAAAAUAAUAAUUAUGAUUAAUUGUAUUAUUGUUUGAUAGCUUAGAUUUUCUUUGAGAAACUGAAUUUAAAAAAAUGUUUUUUUUUGUUUUAUAUGUUUUUUUUUUUUAUUAAUUUGAGUUAAAUAUUUUUUUACUGUAAUUAUGUUACGAUAAUUAAGGGAGUUGGUGCACUUUACGGGUUGAUUAAUUAUUUUUUUUUUUCAUCGGUUGUGCAUAGUAUUUUUUUUAAUCCUUAUUUUGUUAUUAAAAUAAGAGCGAAUGUAAAUUUAAAUUAGUUAUUAAUUAAUUAGAAAUUUCAUGUAUAUAAAAUAUAUAGCCAUAAAUAUUUAAUUAAAUCUUUGGAUAAUUAAUAGUAAUUUUAUUUUACUAGGAUACGAAAUUUAAAAUAUAAAAUAAUUAUUUAGAAAAUUAGAAAAAUUAAGAAAAUUGAAAAAGUCAGAUAAAGUUUUUUUUUGGAGUUGAAAAAGUAGAAGCGAAAAAAAUUUUGUAAAGAAAAAAUUACUAAUUCCAAAAGAACGACUAGACUUUUAGAAUUAGUAAUUAAAAUUAUACUUGUGAUUUAAAAAAUUAUUUAGAGUAUUAAUGUUAUUAUUUAUUAUCUAGUGACGUUAAGUAAUUGUCGAUUUAUUUCCACGAUUUAUUAACGACAUUAAAUUUUCAGAUAAUAAGAAUACACAGAAAAUUAAAAUUUCUUGACAUAAGAUAAAUUUUUUAUUAUGAAAUGAAAAGAAAAAUUUUUUUAGGACUAGAAAAAUUUUUUCUUGACUCAAAAAAAUUUUACUUGACUCAAGAAAUUUUUUUUUUGCAUCAAGAAAAUUUUCCUUGACUCAAGAAAAUUUUUUCUUGGCUCAAAAAAUUUUUGUCUCCAAUUCAUAAUUCAAAAAAUUUCUUAAAGUGAAAAAAAAAAAAAAUUUUUCUUGAGCCAAGAAAUUUUUUUUUUUCUGUAUACGAAAGGUGGAUCUAGAAUUCCCAAAGAAAAAAUUAUACUAUUUAUCUAUUUAGCCAUAUAUAUUUUUUUUUAACUUAAUGUUUAAAUUUAUUAUCGCGUACUGACCAUAGGAAAUAUAACACACAGAUAUAAAAGUUAAAUUAGAUAUUAAUUUAUCAUAAUAAUAAUAUUAUACGUAUACUAAAAUUUGUAUAAAGAGACAUAAAAAUAGUGAGACAUAAAUUUUGAUGGUAAUUUGAUUUAAUGAUCAGAGUAUCUCUGCUGAUAGAUUGUAGGUAAUAUAUAUAAAUAUAUAUAAAUGUAUACCUAGUAAAAUAAUUAAUUAAUAUAAAAAUUGACAAAAAGUGUAAAAUAAAACUGAUAAGUGAAGUGAAAAUUAAAAAGCGGAGCAAUAUACGAUUAAGAAUUUAUGUAACCGAUAAUUUAGUUAAUAUUUAAUAGCCGAUAUAAAUUUUCGCAUGUAAAUAUACAGUUAUAAAUAUAUAUUAACGUAUGUAAUAAUUAUAAAUUAAAUAAUGAUAAUAAUAAUAAUAAUAGUAUGGUGUUAUUUGAAUUGUUAAUUUUCCUAACAUGGGAAAAUAAAAAUAAUUGAAUGCAAUUAUACCAAAUAAUAAAAUGGCUUAAUUAAAGAUCAUAUAUAAUGUUAACUUGAGGUAGACUUUAAGUAAAGAAAUAGAGAAGAAAAACCAUAAAAGUAUUUGCUAAUUUGUCUUUAUCUCUUACUAUCUCUAUUUUUCAUUUCUCUAUUCAAUUAAUUAAUUUUUUUUUUAUUUUUAUUUUUUAUUGUAUCAAUUAUUAUUAUUAUUUAUUUUUUUUUAUAUAAAUAAUAUCAUACAAGUUAUAAAAAUAUAUAUUUAAUAAUUAUAUCUAUUUAUUAUAAGCAAGUGGAUCUUACGGCCAGUAAAUAAUUAUUUUUGUCUGGGACUUUCUCUCUCAUGUAUACUUAAAUAAAUAAAAUUCUGUACAUUAAUAAAAUUUAAAAAAAAUAAAAAAA